GAAUUCGGUACUGUGUCUCCGAUGGGUACCCGGGAUCAUCUCCUGCUGUACCUAGGUUCACACAACCAUCCGCACCAGUCUCAAUGUCCUUUUCAAAUUCAAACCCAGGACCAUUUCCGAACUUCCCAAUUCCACCUCCUGGACUCGCAGCACCACCUUCAAUGGGUGCACUUCCGCCAGGAGUCCGUCCCCCAUCACCUCCGCGAAUGACAGGCUCUUAUCUUAGUUUUAUUGUGCAAAAUAAAGAUGUUCAGAAAUGGCGCUGCAAUUCGACCAGCGCCUCCGAGCCGUUUAUCGCCGAGUCGCCCAUUAUCAGCACCAGGCGUAAGGCCACAUUCGCUGCUUUGUACAAGUUCUGA